AUUUCUUGACUGUUGCAGGUAAUUUUUUUUUAUUCUCUUCAGGGAUAUUCAUGAAAGCAUAUAUUUUCUCAACUAGAAGGAACAAGGUUCUCAACUUAGCUUGCUAGCAAAGGAUUUUGGGUCAUUUGAUUGUUUUUCAAGCGAGUUCCUGAUCGAUGGAAGUACACUCAGCCUUGUAGUUUCUGAUGAACAGAAAAAUGUUCAGGUCUUUGAACAUUAUGGCUGGAAUGGAAAUAGAGACAGAAGUGGAACACUGGAAGAAUGUAGCAGUGCCAGACUGACUUGAUGGGGAAUAAUAAUGAGAUGGUAAACCUGUAUGGAUUACUUAUGGUAUGAGAUGCUUUCUAAUUAAUUUUCGUUAUUUUUGAUGACUUUUUAUUUAGCCAUGAGGAUUAAAGUAACUGGCGUUCUGCUUCAGACAUUUCUUGACUCAAUUUUUCUUUGAAAUGGAUUCCUUAGUUUGGUUGCUUAAGAGCUGCCUUAUGUGUUGAACUCAUUCUAACUGUUGAUCUUGUAUCUUGAUCUCAUCUCUCUUUGCUGCCUUGACUCUUUUAUAUUCUGUCUUCCCCUGAUGAUGCAUGUAAAGAGUAGCUUCACAUGAAACAUUUGCUUCACCAUUUGAUUUCAGUUAUGCCAUCUCUCUGAAGUUCUCAACUUUUGCCAUCAUUUGAUUCACCAUUUGAUUGCAGUUAUUUAUGCUUGUUUGUGACUUCAUGUUAAAAGACAGAAAUAAUGACUUGAGGUCAAGUAUUGUGAUUAUUAAUGGAAGAUGAAACUCAACAAACUAUAGAGGUGCUAGUGGUGGAAGUCAAGGAUAAGCUUGCUAGUGUUACGGAGCCAAUUGAGGAAAAUGGUAAUAAAGAAGAAAAAGAAAGCUCUCUGGAUGAUGGAGAGUUCAUUAAGGUCGAGAGAGAACCUGUGGAAAUGAAAGAUAGGUUUCGAGAUGUUGAAGUAAAUGUGGAAGAAAGCAAAUCAUCUGUUAGUGAAUCUAGCAGAAAAGUCCUUGAAGCACUGGAGUAGAUAAACGAGCUUGAGACUGAAUUAGAAAGAGUGGCUGCUGCAUUAAACGAUUCUGAGUCACAGAAUGCAAAUUUGAAAAAUGAGGCCUUAUCGACUGAAGUAAAGCUGCAAGAAUGUGGGAAGAAGUAUGAAACUCUUGAACCGAAUCACAAGAAGUUGCAGGAGGAGAUGGUAGAGACUGAAAAUAACUUCAAUGAAAAGCCGAAGUCUUUGCAAGAUACUUUGGAAGAUCAUGAAACUAAUCAAAAGGAUUUUUCUGGUGUUAAAGAAUCAUUUGAAAGUCUUAAUCUUGAGUCCAAAAUCUCAAAGAAGAAAAUAGAGGAGUUGGAGCAAGAAUUACCUUCUCGUGCAGCAGAAUUAGAAAAUGUAGUAAAAUCUUCUCACUCCAUAAUUGAGGUUGCUGAGAAAAACAUGGGUGACCUUGAAUCGCUGCUGGAAGAAAAGAAGCAGAAAAUUGAAGAGCUUGAAGUGAAUAUAAGCUCACUGGAGUAAAAAUGCGGGGAUCCCGAAGCUGAAUCAAAAAAAUAUUCAGGCAUGGUAUCUGAACUCACUGGAAAAAUCGAGAAGUUCCGAUCUUUAAUGUUGAACCUUGAGAGUGCACUUCAAACAGCAAGUGAAAAGGAAGUGGGGCUGAUGGAAUCUUUGAAUGUAAUGAAAGUAGAGAAACGAAGUUCAGAAGAAGCAUUGGAGAAUUCCACUAAAAAGCUUCGGGAAGCUGAAAAUUUGCUUGAAUCAUUGUGUGGUGAAUUGUCUCUUACACAGGAGAAACUAGAAAGCAUUGAAAAUGAUCUAAAGGGCUCUGGACUAAGGGUGUGUGUAAUUAUGGAAAAGCUGAAAGCUGCUGAGGAUCAAUUAGAGGAGCAAGUGAGAGCAAUAGAGGAAGCAACUGCAAGUAAAAUGCAUUUUGAAUCUUUACACGAGUCUUCUACUAGGGACUUUGAGGUAAAAAUGCAGGAGACAAUGGCAAAUUUCAGCGAAAAGGAGUCUGAGGCUAACUCAUUGUCUGAGAAAUUUAAGAUUCUUGAAGAUAAGGUACAAAGUUUAGAAGAACAGGUCGGUGAAGAAGCACUGAAGGCUGCAUCUCUAACAGAAGAAUUGCAUCAGAGUGUUGCUAAGGUAGAUUCCUUAGAAAGCUCUAAUGAAGAGCUUAAAAAGAUGAUUGAGGAAGCUGAGGGUAAAGUGGCACAAUCUCUUUCAGAGAAGGAACUUUUGGUGGAAAAAAACUCCCAGACGAAGAACAAGGUUGAUGAGCUUCUGGAAUUGCUUAAUUCGGCUGAUGCAGAAAAAGAAGCCACUUCUCUUCAACUUGCCUCUCACAUGAAUACCAUCACUGAAUUAACUGAGCAACACUUGAGAUCUUUUGAGCAGCACUCUGCUGCUGAAGCUCGUCAUUUGCAGGCUGAAGAACAGUUGAAGGAAACAAGUGGUAGACUAGCUGAGAAAGAGAAGGAAGUCGAGGAGUUGGGUGCACGGUUGAGUGCCCUUGAAAACCAAGUGAAAGCAUAUGAGGAGGAGGUUCGUGAAGCAUCUGUGAUAACCGGGUCUAGAGAGGCGGAGAUAGAACAGUUAAAGGAGACUGUUGCUAAAUUAGCUGAUAAAGAGGCUGAAAUUCAGUGAAAUACUUGUAGCUCUUGAAGGCCAAGUGAAAAAGUAUGAAGAGAAGGCUCAUGAAGCAGAGGGAAUUGCUGAAUCAAAUGAAGUUGAAAUUAGAGAGAUGGUUGAAAAAUUAUCUCAGACAGAUUGAAGUUACAGAAUUGAAGGAGAAACUUGCUUCCUUGAAGGCCAAGUAAAAGGUUUAUACAGAAGAAGCCGGUCAAAUAUCUGGGAUCGCUGAAUCUAGAAAUGUUCAAAUUGAAGACCUGGUUGGGAAAUUAAGUAAAAAGGAGUUUGAAGUAUCGGGGCUAAUGAACUCAUAAAUCCUAAUGGUAUGUCAUAUCCUCUUUUGGUUGUUUAUGCAUCAUAAAGUUAUGAAACUGAUUGAGAUGUUCUCUGUAUUUAAGUAUAGGACCAUUAUACUACAAGUGUGUUUAUCAUCUGUUCUAUCAGUAUAAUCCUUACUCAGCUAUAUGGGGGAAUAUGACUUGGGUUCAUUCAAUCUCACAUGAUCUUGUCAACUAGAUUCACAUUGAACACGCCCUUAACCCAACCGAGCCUUAUGAAUUGGGUUGCUGCUACUCCAGGUCUGUCACCAUGCUCCCUGGAGGAAAACCUGUCAUUUUCUAUACUGGUGCAGACACUUAGAAUUUUCAGUCACAGAAUUUGGCAUUCCCUAAGGACCCCGCUGAUCCCCAUCUAACCUAAAAGGUUAAGUCGCCUCAUAAUCCUGUAAUUGCUGAAACAGAUGGUGACAUUGAUUCUAGCAAUUUCAGAGAUCCUACAACUGCUUGGCAAGCUGCUGAUGGUGCUUGGCACGUUCUUAUAGGCGGAAAGGUAGAUGGCUGAGAAAUGGCAUUUUUGUGCCAGAGUAAAGAUUUUGCUAAUUGGACUAGAAGUGAAGUCUCUUCACUUAUCAGCAAAAACCGGAAAGUGGGAGUGUCCAGAUUUCUUUCUUGUGAGCAUUGAUAAUAAAGAUGGAGCAGAGAACUAUUUUAUGAAGGAAAACACCAAAUUUGUUCUUAAGGCAAGUUUUCUUGAUCGUGGGCUUUUAUAAGGCCGUAACAAAUGAAUUUGAGGUGGACAAUACUGACUUCAUGGAAGGUAUUACUGAUUGGAGAUAUGAUUAUGGAAGUAAAUAUUAUGCUUCCAAGACAUUUUUCGAUGGUGAGAAAAAACGGCAAACGUUGUGGGUGCGGAUAUUGGAGGCUGAUGGUAGAGCAAAUGACAAGAAAAAAAGGGUGGUCAGGGCUUCAGGUAAUAUUCCAAUUAAGGUCUUCUUGUUGUGGACUUAUUUAAUUAUUGGUUUGAAUAUGAGCUUCAGUACUCUGUAUUAUUAAUAUCAUGACAUGCCUACUAGUCUCAUUUCGAUCUAGCAGUGUCAGCAUGUAGACGCAACCUGUCGUAGUGUUGUUGCAUCACCACAACAACAACAAAAAAAAAAAAAAAAAAAAAAAAAAAAAAAAAAAAAA